AUGCGACCGGCAGGGCGGCGCGACGUUCGUUGGAGAAGGAAAGUGUGGCGAGUGGUUGUUCGUACUGGAAUAUUCGUGGUGCCAGUCGAAAUAAGACAUGUCCCGUUUUCUUCGAUUCUUCGUCCUUCUGCUCGCUCGUGCUUUACUGUCUUCGGCAUUAAAAGGCGCCGUCGAAUUGGACAGCUUAACUUUCGAUAAGAUAGUAAAUAAAUUUGAAGCUGUAGUAGUGAAAUUUGAUAUUGCUUAUCCAUAUGGAGAAAAAGAGGAUGAGUAUGGAAAAGUUGCAGAGUCAUCACAGUUUACUCCAGAACUUCUUGUAGCUGAAGUCGGAGUAAAAGAUUAUGGAGACAGAGAAAAUUCGGACCUGGCCGAUCAUUAUGGAGUCAGCAAAGAAAACUUUCCAGUGGUGAAGCUGUUUGUGCAGGGAACCAAAGAGCCAUACACAUUCACAGGGGAGUUCAAGUCAGAAGAACUGAAGGCAUUCAUUAAGAAACAUUCGAAAGUGCGUCUGGUGUUGGACAAGUGUCUGCGACAAUUCGAUGAGCUGGCGGCCAGAUUCAUGAAGGCUGACGAAGAGGAGAGAAGGACCAUUGUUGAAGAAGCACGAGAAGCCAGUUUGAAAUUAACAGAAGAGGGUGAAAAGAAAUCUGCUGAUGUCUAUAUCAAGAUGAUGCAGAAGGUGGUAGAGCGUGGAGAUGGGUUUAUCGCCAGCGAAACAGAACGAGUAAAGAACAUCAAGGAAGGUAAAAUCACUUCCAGCAAGAAGGAAGAAAUGCAAGGAAGACUUAACAUACUUGAGUCUUUUGGGUCAAAAGAUGAACUAUAAACUGAUUUUUCCUUUAAGAAUAUUGAUUUAAGUUAUCAUCAAUUUCCAAUUUUUAGAAUUAUUAUUUGUAUAUAUGAUUGUCGUUCAGCACAUUUUAAUAUGUAAGUGGCAUCUAGUGCCAAUCUUUAUAUUUUUGAUGAUUCUUACAUAAUUCAACUGUUUCUACCAUGUUGGUUACAUGCAAUUUCUGGUCAACUGUCUCUUUUUAAUCCAGUGAAUUUCACACGUUUCCAUUUUGUGUGUGUCAAUGUCUACACGUACAUAUCUAGUAGCCCAUUGGUUAGUUCUUUUGUCUAAGUUCUGGUUCUAUUUUAGAAGGUCAAAAGUGUCCAACGUCUCUUAGAGCAGUGAAAGAUAAAACUACAUUUUAAACCAUUUUUAUUUACAAUAAACAUACAAAACUCAUCUCUGUGUAAGAAUUAAUUUUUUACCUCUCAUCUUUUGUAGAAUGACACACAGAGUUUUUCUAUCAGAAACCAGUUUGGGGAAGCCACAAAGCCAAAAUCCAUGAUAGGUCAGAUUUGCAUUAUGACAAUGCCUGUUUGAAUGGAAAGGAUGCCACAUAUGCUGAAGUUGGUGAUUUUGAUCAGACUGAGGGUACAAAAACUUCAGCCAUUGUAGAUUCUAUUCUGGGUCUACAAAAAAGCUAUGUCGCAGCCAUUUUCCAUGGGUCUUUGAAAUGGCAGGCAUUAAUAGUGUACUAUGGGACAGUGCUUUUUUUGACAAUGUUUUAUUUUUGUUGUUGAUCAAAGAAAAAAUGAAGUAGAUUUUCAAAUCAAAGAAGAGAUUCAAAUAUGCAAAUUUUGUUAUUUGAUGCACAAUUUCCAUAAAUGUGAAACCAAAUUCAAAAAUAUUAUUGUUUCAGUGUAUUAUGAUUCAGCUAUAUUUCUCAGUAGACUCAUUCUAUAGACACCAAUAUUUAUUUAAAUUUCUAUCUAAGCUUCCAGUGUAUUUGCAAAAGUAGAACUUUGCAUGAUGAUAGAACUGGUAUAUGAACACAUGAGAGUGCUUGUUUUGCACAAGUACAGUACAUGGUGAGUGAUAUCUGCUGAAAAUCCUAAUAGAGUGCAAUCUAUGCAUCCAACACAACAGGCAUAGCAGUAGCAGUCUGUGUGGCUGAGGCUUUAGGUUAUGCCUAAGAAGUUGACAAAUUGUUGAUAUACAUUUUUGUCAUUAUCUCUCUGUGCAGCAGUGGUUGAGGGACAAAAUGAUCAUGAUGGUGUACAUAUACACAGGAUGAAAAGUUGUUACCAGAUGAACCGAUAUAAGUUUGAGUGGUUGUAUAAUGCAUAGAGGCUGUAGAGAUGAUCACUAUUUGUGUUCUGGUAGCCUAUUUUCCUUUGGGUUAUAAGAACUGUGUGAAAUGAGCUUCAGCAUGUAAAUGAUCAGCAUUGACAACCAUUUAUAAGCAACAUUAUUAGGAUACAAUAUAGUUCUAUUGUUUGAAUUUUUAAAAAUUUAGUUGUUUUUAUUUGUAAUGUACUGCAGAAAACACAGAAUUUGUUGAUGAAAGUAGUCUUGCAAUGGAAUUUGAAUGUAAAUAUUCAAAACUGAUUGCAAUUGAAAAGUCUGAGAGAAAUGAAUCAAACUUUGAAGAUUUUUUUUUUUUUAGAAUGAGUACAAACUUUUCUUCUGAGACAUCUGCAUCAUGUACUGUGGUCUAAAGUACAGUAUAUACAUAGUGUGUGUGUUUGUUCAUGGGGAAACUGUAUGUAAGUUGCUAAAAUAAACUUCACUUAUAUGAAAUAACAAAAGAAAUUUGUAUAAAAUGAAAGGACUCGGGGAAAU